AAUGGAUUUUUUUGACGAUGUAACAACUUAGGCUGUUCCUUCUGAAGCCCCAUAGGUUGAUCAAAGUCAAAUUUAAUAGGCUUAAGUAUGAGAUAUGCCAUAUGUUAGUAUGAUGUAUUUAGUGCUUUUUCUAAUGAAGCACCUGUUCAAUCCUAAUAAUAAUCCGUUGUGUAUGUGGUACUUUAUGAUUCAAAAAUAGAGUCCAGAAUAAUAGAUUAGAAAGGAUAAAUUGAAAAUAAUUGAAGAAGAAAGACUUGCUCAAAUAAGAGAAAAGGAUUAAUAGGAAAGAUUGUUGAAAUAAUAAAAAAAAUAGAAAGGUUAAGAGUAUUUGCAAUAAUUCAAAAGGUAAAUUGUAAAAUUACAUUAAAUAGUUAAUUAGAAACAGAUAUAUAAUAAAGAAAAGUGUUGAAUAAGUAGAAAUAAGAGAUUUGGCUUGAAAAUAAGAAGAAUCAUAGUUAGUAUGUAAGAUAGUUAUUCUAUAUAAGAAAAAUUCUUGGGACUAAAUUGCAUCCAAUAUAGCUUUAAAGGAUGGUGAGUAUCCAGGAUAAAAGGAUGUGACAAAGAUGAGAUAAGCAAUUCUUAACAAGAGGAUCGAUUUGACUAAGUGAA